AUGCACUUCUCUUCUCUUCAACUGGCUUUGGUUGCCGCGGCGCCUCUCGUCUCUGCCUGGCCAACGGCCAUCUUGGAGGCUGCUGGACAUGACUCUGAGCUUCUGAAGCGCGCCGAGGAGGCCGCGAGGUUGGUAAAACUGGAAGGACGUCAAGCUGGUGCCGGUGCUGCAACAGCUAUCUUCGAACCAGUACCCAUCUUCAACGCAAAGGCGCAAUACAUCAACGUCACUGCUGGCAGUGGUCACGAGUACGUUGCACCAGGGCCGAACGACCUCAGAGGACCAUGCCCGGGUCUAAACGCCUUCGCCAAUCACAACUUCCUCCCCCACAACGGAUACGCCAGUGUUCAACAAUACAUCGACGUAACACAAAAGGUCGUGGGCAUGGGACCCAUUCUUUCGACCUUCCUUUCAGUUCUCGGUGGCGCCCUCGACGGCGACCUGUUGAACUGGUCAAUUGGCGGCACGCCAUCUCUCGCCCAGGGAGGUCCAACAGGAAUUCUAGGCAACGGGUUGACCGGAUCGCACAACAAAUACGAAGCCGAUGCAUCACCAACACGGCCCGACCUUUACCAGGCGGGUAACAACUACAAGACUGUCACUAGCCAGUUCCAGGAAUUGAUCGACUACUCCCCUGGUGGUGUGGUUACCCUUGAGAGCUUGACAAACUUCAGAAGCCAUCGAUUUGACGUUCAGAAGCAAACUAACCCCAACUUUUUCAAUGGGCCGUUCUCGGGCGUGUUGGUGCAACCUGCUGCGUACACCUUCAUCUUCCGCUUCAUGGCCAACCACACCGCUGAGAACCCCACUGGUAUUCUCCCAUACGAUGUCAUCCAAUCUUGGUUUGGAGUUCAGGGUACGAACGGAAACUACAACGCAGUGCAAGGCUCGGAGCGCAUCCCAGAGAACUGGUACCGACGUGCUCUUGAAUAUCCAUACGAGACCACAUACUUCCUUGCGGAUGCUGUCAAUGCUGCUGUUCUCCACCCUAAGUUUCUCGAUAUCGGUGGAAACACUGGCACACCCAACUCCUUCGUUGGUGUUGACGUAGCUGACCUGACCGGUGGUGUUUUCAAUGGUGCGUCACUCCUUGAGGGGAACAAUCUCGGCUGCUUUGUCUACCAGGCCUCAGCACAAGCCAAGCCAGACAUCCUUCUUGGACCUCUUAACGCACUCACCAGUGCCGUUGGAGGCCUUGUUGGACAGUUGGGUUGCCCGAAGUUGGCCGCCAUCGAUAAGCAAGUUCUUCAACAAUUCCCCGGUUACACUAAGUCACCCGUUUAUGGUUAG